UUUGUCAUCGCACGAAUCUCUCUAUCUCCCUUCCUCCCGUCGCCGGCGCCCUAGAGAUCGGUCUUCUGCGACUCCACCUCCGGCGACGUACGCUGCUUCUCCCUAUCCUUUCGAGUCGGAAGUCAAUUGUCACCAGCGGUAGGCCCGCCAUCACUACCACCGCCACCUGAUAAAGAGCACGUGGCCAAAGUCUUCACCGGAGGCCUGCGACUGCCGCCAUUAUCUUCACCUCGGGUUUCCUACUAGGAGAAAGGCCUUGCUUGAUCGUAGCUCCUCUUAUCAAGAAGCAUGAGGAGAAGACCUGGGAUUGCAGGUUUAAAGAGUGCGGCUGCUGCACGGGAUCAAUAUCGACUAGUUGGUGAAAAUGUUGCCAGGAUCAGGGCAGAUGUCAUGAAGGAACAGCUCGAAACAUUUCGAACUCAGUUAGAGGAUUUUGCUCGCAAGCACAAGAAUGACAUCCGUAAAAACCCCACAUUUAGAUCACAAUUCCAUGAGAUGUGUGCCAAAGUUGGAGUUGAUCCUCUGGCCUCAAACAAGGGAUUUUGGGCUGAGUUGCUAGGGAUUGGUGACUUCUAUUAUGAGCUUGGAGUUCAGAUUGUAGACAUAUGCUUGUCAACUAGAUCUCACAAUGGAGGUUUAAUCAACUUGCAAGAGCUCUGUAGUCUUCUUUGUCAGAGGCGUAAAGUUGCUCGGGAGGCUGUCACUGAAGAUGACUGCCUCCGUGCUAUAAGUAAGCUAAAGGUCCUGGGUAGCGGUUUUGAAGUUAUAGCAGUUGGCAAGAAAAAGCUUGUUCGUUCAGUGCCUACUGAAUUGAACAAGGAUCAUAAUGAAAUUCUUGAAGUGGCUCAGGCUCAAGGCUAUGUGACCAUCGAAGAACUGGAGAAGAGACUUUCGUGGUCCUCUGGUCGUGCGAUCGAUGCUCUUGAGACUCUGUUGAAGGAAGGUCUUGCCAUGAUCGACGAUGGUCAUAGAGAUGGAAAGCGUCGGUAUUGGUUUCCCUGUGUGGCUUCCAUUUUCUCUGCCCCGGGAUCAGAUGGUUUUAGAUCUUUGUAGUUGUCAGACCAUGAUCUGAUGCGUCCCAUUUCAAGUGCUUGUACUCUUGAGAACAUCUAAAUGUUUGAUAUUUUGUUAUCGAGACGAUAAAAGAUAAAAACAGGACUGUUUUUAAUGUAUCAAACCAAGUGAAGAUAUCCUGUUAUUA